AUGUCAUUUAAUAAUUUUAUUACCUAUACUGCCCCUAAAUCUUUGGAUUAUAGUAAUAGUGCUAAUAAUGAUGUUAACUCAGUGGUUAACGUCUCUACAAAGGAUGAUUUGGACUAUCAUCGUGUGGAUUCAUUAGCUAAUAUCAGGGUUUUAAAUAACCCGCAGGUUUUCAAUAGUCUUGGGAAUAUACAUACUGUUACUGUCAAGAGUAAUAGUGGUGGUACCGAUAACGAUAACGAUUAUGAUUCGAAUCCAAUUUCAAGUAGUAAUCAAAAUUUAAGCACAAAUAGAUUCACAUUUGAGGAAGUUCAUUCUGAAGAAUUUGCAAUUUUAUCAACUUCGUUCUCAAGCUCAAGUGAAUCAAUAUUACCAAUAGAAAAUGUAAAUUUAAGUAUAAAUAUUCAGAGUAAUAAUAGCGCAAAUUCUUUACAUAUUACAAACUCCCAAAGGAUUGACGAUUGGAGUUUGAAAAAUGAAUUGACAAGUUUAUCUGACGACAAACUUGCAGAAUAUAAUAGUGAUACUUAUUCGAAUUCUAAUAGAAUUCAUGACGCAAUUUCAAAUUGGAAUACAAAUCCAGAUUUGAUAAUUUUGAAAAAUUUAUUAAAGGAUAGCUCCUCAGGCCAGUUCGAAAAUACAGCAAAUAUACAACAUCAUAAUCAUCAACAACAGCCCCAUCAUCGUUAUGGUUUAGAUAUUUUGCAUGCUUUGACUUAUAAUGAAUUACUAACGACAAAAAGAUUUAUUAGAGAAUUACUGCCAUUUUUAAAAAAUAGCCGUAGAGUUCAUAUUCCAGAAUCAUACCCAAAUAGAUAUGAUAAUAUUCCUUCAGUUUUCUCACAAGAAGAUAUUAUCUUAGCAUGCUCAUCAGAAUUAAACACUAGUUUCGAUUUAAAUGAUUUCGAGCCCCUAGUUGCAGAUUGGUCUGCUCAUAGCUUCGCUACAAUACAAUUGGAUCAAGAUGGUUCAUCAAACUCAGCAAAUGGAAGUUCUUGGGUUUAUUGGCCUUUACUACCUAGAAUGGGGGAAAAUGAAUUAUGA